UCUCUGCUGAUACACACCCUUAUGAGCCUUUAACCCGAUAGAUCCCUUCAAAUGUUGGGUUAUAUGCGUUGUCUACCUUCAUUCAUAUGCCGUACAAAUCGCCCCCUAUCGAGAUACUUCUCGCUAGUCCUGGCGCGAUUCCAAAAGCUCGCGCUACGCGAUUACCAGGAACAGUGUAUCGACGAUUGCCUUGGAGCCUUGGGCACGGGUAAGCGGCGCAUUGCGGUUUCGUUAGCCACUGGGGGUGGUAAAACAGUCAUUUUUUCCCACCUUAUCUCGCAAGUGGUGCCAAGUAAGGGCUAUGGACACAAAACGUUGGUGCUUGUGCACCGCAAGGAGCUAGCCGUCCAGGCCGCCAAGCACUGCCAGCUGAGCAUCCCCGAUAGCAAGGUUGAAAUUGACAUGGGGGCGCUGAAGUCGACCCACACGGCUGAUAUCACCGUGGCCUCAGUAUGGACGUUGAAGAACGACCGGUUGGCGCUGUACAACCCGCGAGACUAUAAAAUGAUCAUCAUCGACGAAUGUCACCACGCUUCAUCCAAGUCGUAUGAACGCAUCCUCAGUCACUUCCAAGCAAACCUGAGCAACUCGCCUGUGGCGGUAGUGGGCUUCUCGGCCACCAUUGAGCGCAACGACGGAAUGAGCUUACAGGGAGUGUUUGACGAGAUCGUCUUCCGCCGCGAUGUCAUGGAAAUGAUUGACAACAACUGGCUCUGUGACGCAAAGUUCACCACUGUUACUAAUGCCGCGGCCGACAUGUCCCAAGUCAAAGUUGGCAAGUCAAAAGACUACCUCAUUUCGAGUCUUGCGAAGCACAUGAACACCGAUGCAACGAACGAGCUCAUCCUCAAGACAUACAUGCACCUAGCUGUCAAGAACCGGUUGCGGUCGACUUUGAUCUUCUGCGUGGAUGUGGCGCACGUCCAAUCGCUCUUUCACACCUUCCAGAGCAAGGGUAUCAACGCGCAAUACGUGACGGGCAAGACAAAGUCGCAGUACCGCGGCGAGAUAGUGCAGGACUUCAAGGCGGGUAAAAUUCCGGUAUUGCUCAACUGUGGCGUGUUCACCGAGGGGACAGAUAUUCCUAACAUCGACUCCAUCUUUCUUGCACGGCCUACCAAAUCCAAACCGCUCCUCCUCCAAAUCAUCGGCCGCGGCUUACGCUUGCACGAAGGGAAGAGCUUCUGCCAUGUAGUAGACUUUGUCGGGGUCAACGGAAAUGGGCUCAUCUCCGUCCCCACGCUUGCUGGCUUAGAUCCAUCGGCAUCAGUGACAGACAUGACGAUGGCCGAGAUGGUUGAACUCGCUGUGAUGGAGCGCGAGAAGACGGAGUUGGCGGCGCUAGCACUAAACAAGGUGAAGAUGGAAACGUUUGAGGGGUUUGCCUCCUUCAUGCUGGCGGCCAAUAAGAACAACAGCUCGGACGAGGAGCUCAUCCGCCAGUCGAGGAACCACUGGGUGCGGGUCAACCUCGAUUCGUGGGUGCGUUCGAUCGGAAAGACUGGACGGUACUUCCGGUUGCAGCGAGAGGACUUUAAAGUGGACGGUGCCUGGAAAAACAGAUACUAUUUAACGGAGGUGCGGGAGAUUCCGCGCCAUGCCCCAACAGGGGCCAAGUUCCACUACCGCAUGGUCCUCUUCGACAAACCUCUAGACGAGAUCUUAAAGCACGAAAUGGGCGCCAGCAGCUUCUUUGGCAUGCAAUGGCGCCAGAGGGCCCCUACUCCGAAGCAGAUCACGUCCAUCGAAAUGCGACUCAAGAAGAUUGUGAGUAGGCUUAAGUUUGAAGGCGGCUACAGCCCGACGCAGGAGGAAGUCAACACCGCCAUCAGCGACGAGAUGAGCACGCUUACCAUGGGUGCGGCGUCGGAUUUGUUGACUGCGUCGAUUUUCACUAGCUCUCGGUUGAAGUGGUUCCUCAAGAGGACGUUCGGCGAUAAGCUACAUUUCCCGCCGUCCACCUUUCUCUCGCUGAAGGCUCAGCUCCAAGAGGAAAAGAGAAGGUAUCUUAAGGCCCACCCCAUAGCUGCUGAGACCGCGCCAAAAUCUUCGAUAUCGUCCACCUUGUCUGGAUAGUUGCCCAUAAUGUGGUACUACGCUUUAAAGCUAGUAUAAUAAGUACGGGUUGGAAUCAAAAACACCAGUAGAAAUAGACCCCCGCCUGCCUUACCGCCAAUGUGGUAAUACUUUGACGUUUGACCCAACACAACAGGGUGAAUUUCUUGAGUACCGAUAAAUUCCAAAAUUGACAUACGAAAAAUAACCAAAUUAUCAAUCCUAAUUAUUCAGCUUCCAGCAAAGGUACCCCAAAUUACCAAUGGAAAUAUCAAACUUCAUUCAUCCUAUAAAUACAACCAGGAGGCUACAUCGUAUACUGCGGCUCCCGUGCGGCUCGUCUUCCAAGCAUUUUUGCUUUUUCGUUUUUUUUUUUUCCUGUACAUUCAAACUCUGAAAAACUUUUUCAUACUAAAUAGAGGCGUUAAAUAAACGUUAUCCUGGC